AUGGCGGAUGUAGAUGAGGCAGCCCGCCAUCUGUCAAAAAGUGGGAGCACCCUCUAUGCAGUGCUGGAACUGAAAAAAGGGGCUUCGCCCGAAGAUGUCAAAAAGGCCUACAGCCUUUCACCCCAAAAUCCUCUACCCCCUCAUGCUCUGUCCUCUUCCCCACCCACCUUCGGGUAUUGUCUGGACAGGAGAUUGGCUUUGAAGUACCACCCAGACAAGAAUCCAGGGAAUCCACAAGCAGCAGAGACAUUCAAGGAGAUCAACACGGCCCAUACCAUACUGAGUGACCCAAAGACGAGGAAGAUCUAUGACAGACAUGGCUCUCUGGGGAUCUACAUAUAUCAACACUUUGGCGCACAGGGCGUCACAUACUAUUUUAUCAUGAACAGUUGUUGGUUCAAGAUGCUCAUGUGCCUGUGCUGUCUGCUCACCUGCUGCUAUUGCUGCUGCUGUUGCUGCUUCUGCUGUGGGACACUCCGGCCUCCAACCGAUGAAACUACCAGGAGAAAUUACCAGGUCUACACUCAGCAGCCUCCAGGAGCAGGCUAUCCUGGGACCUCCCAACUGAUGCAGGCCAGUCAACAGACAUCUUCGAUCUGGGGCCUGAACCUGACACCGGGCCUGGCAGAGAGCAGAAGUCAGCCCAUCUGUGAGCGUGGGGCAAAAGCUUCUGGAAGCCUCGUCAUUGUGACCGCCCAUGGAGAUUCUGCGCCUCUGCCCUAG